AUGACUGAGAGUAAUUUCAGUCCCACUCAAGAUCCGUUCGAAACCAAGUCCCUUAACUUUCAAGUGAAGCGUACAGUCACCGAGCAAAAUGAUUGGUCAGAUCAAAUAGACACUAACGAAACACUCUCAACAAGCGAUUUAAGUUCAGGAAAAGAUUCAAGUACAAAUUUAUUGGGUUCAAGAUCAACAUCUACCCAUAGAAAGUUACUGAAUAGACAUGUCCAGUUUAUUGCUAUCUCCGGCGUCAUCGGUACGGCUCUAUUCGUGGCCAUAGGAAAACCGUUAUAUAGAGGAGGCCCAGCUUUUCUCUUAAUUGCAUUUGCAUUAUGGUGCAUACCAAUCCUUUGUAUUACUGUUUCUACUGCAGAAAUGGUCUCGUUCUUUCCUGUAGAUUCUCCAUUUUUGAGGCUGUCAAAAAAAUGUUGUGACGAAUCAUUGGCUGUCAUGGCAAGCUGGAACUUUUGGUUCUUAGAAUGCGUUCAAAUUCCUUUCGAAAUUGUGUCAGUUAAUACCGUUAUAAAUUAUUGGAGGGAUGAUUAUUCUCCCGCGAUUCCUUUAGUCAUUCAGGUAGCAUUGUAUGCUCUUAUUUCCGUAUGUGCAGUCAAGUAUUAUGGUGAAAUGGAAUUUUGGAUGUCUUCUUUUAAAAUUUUGCUAGCUCUAGGUUUAUUCUGUUUUACAUUCAUAACGAUGGUUGGCGGUAAUCCAAAGCAUAAAGCAUAUGGAUUUCAGAAUUAUCGCAAAAAUACAUUCAAGAAAUACUUCCCAGAUGGUAAUGAAAAUAUUGGAAGUGCAGCCGGAUAUUUUCAAGGAUUUUUAGCUUGCUUGAUUCAAGCUUCAUUCACAAUCGCUGGUGGUGAAUAUAUUUCGAUGCUAGCGGGAGAAGUUAAGCUACCGAGGAAAGUUAUGCCAAGAGCAUUCAAACAAGUUUUUUGGAGAUUAACGGUACUUUUUUUAGGAAGCUGUCUUUGCGUGGGUAUUGUUUGUUCAGCAAAUGAUCCUAAUCUAACUGCUGCCAUCAGUGAGUCAAGACCUGGUGCAGGUUCAUCACCUUAUGUCAUUGCAAUGAAUAAUCUGGGUAUCAAAAUUUUACCCGAUGUAGUGAACGCUGCAUUGAUAACGGCGGCAUUUUCUGCUGGAAAUGCUUACACAUAUUGUUCUUCAAGAACAUUGCACGGUAUGGCAUUGGAUGGAUACGCACCUAAAUUUUUAGCCGUCUGCAAUAAACAAGGCGUUCCCAUAUAUUCAGUGGCGAUUUCGUUAAUUUGGGCACUAUUAAGUUUAUUACAGCUGAAUUCAAACAGUGCCGUUGUCUUGAAUUGGCUCAUCAACAUUAUAACAGCGUCCCAAUUAAUUAAUUUUGCCUGCAUUUGCAUAACCUACCUCUUCUUCAGAAGAGCAUAUCUUUUACAAAGGGAUACGCUUCCGGAUCUACCAUUUAAAUCUUGGGGACAACCUUACACAGCAAUUUUUGGACUGGUAUGCGUACUUAUGAUGAUCAUUGUUCAAGGUUAUACUGUAUUUUUCCCCAAGUUAUGGAAUGUGCAGGAUUUUUUAUUCUAUUACUUAAUGGUAUUUAUUGACGCAGCAAUCUAUCUUUCAUACAAGUUCAUAUGGACUCGAGGUUCAGAUAGCUUCAAGGAUCCUCUUAAAAUAAACUUUGAACCUGAACUGAAAGAGAUUGAAAUGCAUGAGUUAAAACACUCCUUUGAUAAGUUUAGGUUUUAUCAUGAAUUUUGGAAUAGUGAAUGA